CUAACCCCGCCCAGGUCUGCUGUGAUUGGCUGCUGGGUUCUCUCAGGAGGAUGGUGAUUGGCUGGCCUUCCUCGCUGUCACGUUGUUCUCCCUCAGUCUUCCUGGUUAGCAGGAGAGGCAGGCUGGAGUUGGGUGGGAGACCCCGAGUAUGAAGAGGGUCACCCUGUUCGUCAAGGGGGAUGCCCGGCAUGGAAGGGUGGUCGCGUUCCAAGGAUCCACCAUCUCCGACGUCCUCUCUCUCGCCAGCUCUAAGCUUGGGAUCCGCGCGGUGGGCGUCUACAAUGACAAGGGGGGCCUGAUCGAUGACGUCGCCCUCAUCAGAGAUGAUGACGUCCUGUUUAUCAGUGAUGGGGAAUCGAUCAUCGAUGACCAGAAUGAGCCCAUGAUCACAGAGCCACUGACUGGGGCUCAAACGGACUGGCUAACGCUGAAUGUCGGGGGGAGAUAUUUUACCACUACACGAUCUACACUAGUGAGUAAGGAGCCGGAUAGCAUGUUGUCACAUAUGUUUAGUGACAGAGAUGCCUGGGGGAAUAAGAGAGACCACCGAGGAGCUUUUCUCAUAGACCGCAGUCCUGAAUACUUUGAGCCAAUCCUUAACUAUCUACGUCACGGGCAACUUAUUGUCAAUGAUUGCAUCAAUCUGCUGGGAGUCUUAGAAGAAGCCAAGUUCUUUGGCAUAGAUUCCCUGAUAGAACAUCUGGAAUUGGCGAUAAAGAAUUCCCAGCCGGCUGAGGACCAUUCUCCCAUCUCCAGGAAAGAAUUUAUACGGUUUCUCCUUCCUACACCAACCAAAUCCGAGCUUCGCUGUCAGGGUCUCAACUUUAGCGGAGCGGAUCUCUCCCGUCUGGACCUGCGAUAUAUUAAUUUCAAGAUGGCGAAUCUGAGCGGAUGCAACCUGACUCAAGCCAACCUGUGCGGUGCGUGCCUGGAGCGUGCGGACCUGUCCGGAUCUGUAUUGGAUGGAGCUAAUCUCCAGGGUGUGAAGAUGCUCUGCUCCAACGCGGAGGGCGCCUCCCUGAAGGGCUGCAACUUUGAAGACCCGUCAGGACUGAAAGCAAAUUUGGAAGGUGCUAAUCUGAAAGGCGUGGAUAUGGAGGGCAGUCAGAUGACCGGGAUAAACCUACGGGUGGCAACCUUGAAAAAUGCCAAAUUGAAGAACUGCAACCUGCGUGGUGCCACCUUAGCAGGGACAGACCUGGAGAACUGUGACCUCUCCGGGUGUGACCUCCAGGAAGCCAAUCUCCGAGGGUCCAAUGUAAAAGGUGCAAUAUUUGAAGAGAUGCUGACUCCACUACACAUGUCCCAGAGCGUCCGAUAGACCCAGAGCGUCUCCUUGAAGACUGUUCACCUCCGGUCGCUGGUGUUCUGGAUGUGCCCGGCUUACUGCACACACCGCUGGGGCAGAUAUAUUUAAUCUCUCUACCGUUAUCAUUUACUCUCACUGAUUUUCUCUAAAAUGCCCCUCGUGUGGUGGGACAUUACAUACAUGUAGCCCUAGCCUGUUACACCUAUGUCUGCACCCGAAACUUAACCUGGGCUGCUUAGGUGGAACAAUACAAUCGUGCCAGGAAGGCAGGACAGCGUAUGGUGUUGUGGGGCCACCAGCUCAGCCCUAAUUUGGAACUGACAUGUUAGGUAGCCAAGGGGUUAAACCCUUGCAUAUCAUUUACUUGUUGGCUGCUGGAAAGUUUAGAGACUUUUUUUUUUCACGGUUAAAGGGGCACUCCACUGCCCCAGCGUUCGGAACAUUUAGUUCCGAACACUGGCUGCCGGGGUCAUGACGUCGCGGCCGU